AAACAUUUCCUCUCUCCUUCACUUCCUCGUUCUUUCCCUCUGUGUUUCUUUCCCUCCUCCUCUAAAUUGGGAACAAAACGAUUCCAUAAUCUUCUUCAAAGGAUAACUUUUUGAUAGAAUCAAAAACCAGCAAAGAGAAAACCGAGGGAUUUUCUGGGCAUUUAAUUGAUUUUCAAUUUGGGCUCAAAGUUAGGAUUUUUUACCCCCCUGUAUUGCAAGAAGCUUCUGUUCUUUGUGAGAGGUGGCCAUUGAAGGACUGUUAACUUCGUCAUACUUCUGUUUUCGUGAGGCUCUCUUUAAAAUGGAGUGAAGUUGACAAUAUCUGCAGUAUCUUGAGUGUUUGUCCAAGAUGGAAUCUGUGAAACCAUCAGCUGUUAAUCCAUCCAAGAGUAAAUUGGCACGUACCUUUGCGAAAGUUCUUCCCCUCCGUGUGUUAGCUGCAGGGGUUGCUCCUGAUGAUGGGGUUCAGAAGAUUAUGCCCCAAGGGAAGGUGAAGGAUGGCCAGGGUGCCAAUAAAACUACGAAGUCUGUGUCUCAGACAUUUAACAAACUUGAUGAAGAGCUUGAAAGACGAUUGGCCGCGGAAGCACUUGUUGCAAAACUUUUUGCUAUCAUUUCAGCAGUCAAAGCAGCGUAUGCCCAGUUGCAGUAUGCUCAGUCUCCUUAUGAUGCUGAUGGGAUUCAAGCUGCUGACCAAUUGAUAGUUUCAGAGUUGAAGGCUUUGUCGGAGUUGAAGCAGUGUUUCGUGAAGAAACAAUAUGAUCCUUCACCGGAGCAUACAAUUCUUUUAGCAGAAAUUCAGGAGCAGAGAAGUCUUCUGAAGACGUUUGAAAUUAUGGGAAGAAAGUUGGAGUCUCAGCUGAAGCUCAAGGAGUCCGAGGUUAUAUUCCUUAAAGAGAAGUUGGAAGAAACUAAUAAGCAAAACAAGUUGCUAGACAAGAGACUAAAUCAAAGUGGCCAAUUAUCUGUGCUUGAAAAUCUUCACAUAUCAGGAUUGAGUCCCAGCCAUUUCAUUACAUUUCUUCAGUAUGCAGUUAAGUCCAUGCACGGUUUUGUGAGGCUGAUGAUUGAUGAGAUGAAGUCUGCCGAUUGGGAUACCGAUGCUGCUGCCGGUUCAAUAGAACAUGGUGUGGUUUACUGGAAAGCAGAUGAUAAAUGUUUCACAUUCCAGUCUUUUGUUUGCAGGGAGAUGUUCAGUGACUUCCAUUGCCCUUUCUUCUCUCUUCAAAGUGACUUUUUUCUGGAGAAAAAGAAUCAGCGGCAAGUAUUCUUCGAGAGAUUCAUGGAACUAAAGUCCAUUAAAGUGAAGGAAUAUCUUACUAAGAAGCCCAGAUCAACAUUUGCAAAGUUUUGCCGUACUAGGUACUUGAGACUUGUUCACCCAAAGAUGGAAGCAUCAUUUUUUGGCGACUUGAACGUCAGAAACAAAGUGACCUCUCAUGAAUUUCCAGACUCAAGCUUCUUUGCCUCAUUUGCGGAAAUGGCAAGGCGGGUUUGGCUCCUACACUGCUUAGCAUUUGCUUUUGAGCCGGAGGCAUCAAUCUUCCAAGUAACCAAGGGAUGUAGAUUCUCUGAAGUAUUCAUGGAAAGUGUAACAGAUGAUGCAUUCCUUUCAACCAAUAUCCCUCUCGAAUCUGAGCCACGCGUAGCAUUUACUGUUGUUCCCGGGUUCAGGAUUGGUAAAACAAUCAUACAAUGCCAGGUCUAUCUCUCCCACAUCCAUCUCAAGGCAAACCAUUAAUCAUACAUCAUACACUUAGUUGAGUUGGAUGCCAUUAUCAUGAUUUUUUUGAGUAAAUUCGACGACACAGAAUGGUUUGCGUGGUUGACAUGUCAUGUGUUGUGGGGAGCUGAAACACGGUUAGCCCGUCCAUCUUGUCUCUUUGUUUUUUAUGCCCUUUUCGAGUAGAAAAAAGGUUCCAAGGACCCCUUUGUUUCCUCUAAGAGACAAUCUCCCCAAAUUUUGGCCAUGAUCAAUGUUUAGCUGUUCUGCAUUAUUAUUACACUAUGCUAUAUGUCUUCAUAUGUAAAUUAUUAUAGGUUGGAGAAAUUUUAUACACCAUCUAUUUCACAUUAUUAGUCGUUCUAGCUAAUUUCAUGGGGAUUAAGGAAAUCAAUGAAUUACUCUUAA